AUGGACGCCGCCUCCGUUGCGAACAGCAGUGAGAGACAGCAGAGCUCGUGGGAUGACAGCAAUACGACCAGUGGGUCCCGCCGUGUCAUGUUUGCCGAUGAAGAGAAUUCAGGAACGAACAACAACCGCAAAGGGAGAAACGGCUCACCUCCACCACAAGAAGUAGCAGCAGCUACGAAUAAGGGUGCUUCUGAGGGAACCUAUGAGGGCGCGGAUAACGCGGGGAACAGCAGAAGUAGCCGCCAUCGACGGCAGCGCAGGCGCAACCCAUCGAAGGAGGUUGAGGAGGCACUCGUACCGGAUGAGGACUCCGAGCACGACGCAAAGCAUCGCCUGCACGAACAGACAAUGCUGCUCGAGGUUCAGGAACACACCCAGCGUACCCGUGUCGUGGCGUUGCAGAUGGAGGAGGAGGACCAAAUCGUCGCGGCGCUUCACGCGGCGGAG